GCGGCCACGCGGUUACUACCGACGGGCUCAGAGGAAGUCACUGAGAUUGGGAAACUGGCUGCAGCUCCGAACCGGGAAAACAAAAAACCCCCAAACUACACUCAACUCGAGGACGUGAAGGAGGAUCUCCGGGACUCCUGUGUAUUCUCCAACCAUCCAAAGUUCGGGAAAAUGGACUGAGACACGCAGAUGGAGGCGGCGAGAAGUUUGUUGCUGGUCGGGGCCGUUUGGCUGGGAGCGACGGGCGCCUGGAGCCGGGAAGUUUGCCUGGGAACGGACAUGAAGCUGGCUCUGCCCUCCAGCCUGGAAAAUCACUACGAGACCCUGAAGCUGCUCUACACCGGCUGCCAGGUCGUCCACGGCAACCUGGAGAUCACACACCUGAGCGGAAACCCGGACCUUUCCUUCCUGAAGGAAAUCGUAGAGGUGCAGGGUUAUGUACUCAUUGCACACGUCUCAGUGAGCCUGGUGCCGUUGGACAACCUUCAGAUCAUCAGAGGAAGCCAUUUUUACAACUCCAACUAUUCGCUGGCUGUGCUGGACAACCAGGGGCUGCAGACGCUGCGACUUCGUAACCUCAAAGAGAUCCUGUUGGGCGGGGUGUCUAUUUUGGGGAACCCCCAGUUGUGCUUCCCGGACCCGGAGAACAUCAUAUGGAGGGACACUCUGGACGAACAGAACACCAAACCGCUCCGCCUGCAGGCCCGAGCUCCCAACUGUCCAAGUUGUCAUUCUGCAUGUGGGAAGAGCUGCUGGGGGGAAACGGAGCAGGACUGUCAAACACUGACCAGAAUAAACUGUGUGCUGGGCUGUCAGCGAUGCAAAGGUCCGUUACCUAGUGACUGCUGUCACAAGCAGUGUGCGGCUGGAUGCACCGGACCCAGAGACUCGGACUGUUUGGCGUGUCUUCACUUCAACGACAGUGGGAUGUGCAAAGAGAACUGCCCCCCACCCAACUUCUACGACCCCGUCACCUACCAGAGCAAACCCAACCCCAACAAGAAGCUGAGCUUUGGCGCCACCUGCGUCAAGACGUGUCCCUAUAACUACCUGGCCAUGGAAGUGGCCUGCACUUUGAACUGUCCCACAUCCAACAAGGAAGUCAUCAUCAGGCAGCCGGACGGCACUGAGACGCAGAAAUGCGAAAAGUGUGACGAUAAAUGCACCAAAGAUUGCUACUUCCUGGGUCCGGACAACCUGGGCGUCAUGGACGACCACAGCGUUGUGGUGGUGACGCCUGCCAAUGUGGGUCAGUUCACCAGGUGCGCCAAAAUCUACGGAAGCCUGGCUUUCCGCGCCGAGAGCUUCGCCAGGGACCCGGUGACCAACUCAUCCAGCCUGACUUUGGAGCAGCUGCAAGGCUUCAGGAAGCUGGAGGAGAUUGCAGGUUAUUUGUACAUCGACGCCUGGCCUGAGGAAUGGAGCAACCUUUCUGUGUUUGAGAACCUCAAAGUGAUCAGAGGCAGGAUGCUCUACAUGGGUGUGUUUUCACUGGCCAUCCAGAAUCUGCACAUCCAGUCUCUGGGGCUGCGUUCGCUGCGCAGCGUCAGCGGAGGCCUGGUGUUGUUGUACAACAACUCUGAGCUGUGCUACACCGACUCUGUGCCCUGGGGGUCAAUCCUUCAUCCCACUGAGGGGCCGCAGCGCAUCGUCAGGCUCAACCGGGAACCCAAAGUGUGCGAGGUGGAGGGACGUGUUUGCCAUCCACUAUGCAAGGGGGGCUGUUGGGGCCCAGGGCCCAGCCAGUGCGUGUCUUGCAAGACGUUCCAGCGAGGCACCGUGUGUGUGGAGCAGUGUGACGUCUAUCAGGGAGCUGUUCCUGAAUACAUUGAUGGGUCUUUGUGCAAAACCUGCCAUGAGGAGUGUCGCCCUCUGAACGCCUCAGCGUCCUGCCAUGGCCCGGGUGCAGACGACUGCACCGAGUGUCUGCACUAUCAGGACGAAAAGAUUUGUGUGGAACGUUGUCCCAGCGGAGUGAAGGAAGAUCAACAAACUGUGUGGAAAUACAGCAAUGAAACGCGACACUGUCUGCCCUGCAACACUAACUGCACACUGUCCUGCACCCUGAUGGAUGAGAGAGGCUGCCCCAUAGACCCCAGGACGGGCCCGGCCACAACCAUCGCCGCUGCAGUCGGUGGAGUCGUGCUCUUCCUCAUCCUGCUGGGUCUGCUGGUCUUUUACCUGAAGAGACAGAAGAAACUGAAAAGGAAGGAGACGAUGAGGAGGUACCUGCAGGAACAGGAGCUGGUGGAGCCGUUGACGCCGAGCGGCGCGUCUCCAAACCAGGCUCAGAUGCGAAUCCUGAAAGAGACGGAGUUGAAGAAGCUCCGGCCUCUGGGCGCAGGGGCCUUUGGGACUGUCUAUAAGGGGGUGUGGGCUCCAGAAGGAGAACACAUAACAAUACCGGUGGCCAUUAAAGUCUUGAGGGAGAACACUUCACCGAAAGGGAACAAAGACAUUCUUGAUGAGGCGUUUGUGAUGGCGUCGGUCACCAGCCCUUACGUCUGUCGCCUCCUGGGGAUUUGCCUGACGUCCGCCGUGCAGCUGGUCACCCAGCUCAUGCCGUACGGCUGCCUCCUCGACUACGUCAGGGAGAACAAGGAUCGCAUCGGUUCCCAGUGCCUCCUGAACUGGUGUGUCCAGAUUGCGAAGGGGAUGAAUUAUCUGGAGGACAUUCGGUUGGUCCACAGAGAUCUGGCUGCCCGCAACGUUCUGGUGAAGAACCCGAACCACGUCAAGAUCACAGACUUCGGCCUGGCCCGACUGCUGGACAUAGACGAGACAGAGUAUCACGCUGAUGGAGGAAAGGUACCGAUUAAAUGGAUGGCUUUGGAGUCGAUUCUGCACAGGAAGUUCACCCAUCAGAGUGACGUCUGGAGCUACGGGGUGACGGUUUGGGAGCUGAUGACCUUCGGCUCCAAGCCGUACGAUACCAUUGCGGCGAGGGAAAUCCCAGAUCUGCUGGAGGGAGGAGAGCGGCUUCCUCAGCCCCCGAUCUGCACCAUCGACGUCUACAUGAUCAUGGUCAAAUGCUGGAUGAUCGAUCCAGACAGCAGGCCCAAGUUCAAAGAUCUGGUUCAGGACCUCAGUGCCAUGGCGAGAGAUCCGUCUCGCUACUUAGUCAUUCAGAACGACGAGCAGAUGAGCUCCUGCAGCCCAGUGGACAGCCAGUUCUACCGGAUGCUUCUGGAGGAAGGCGAGAACGUGGGGGACAUGAUGGAUGCCGAGGAGUACCUGGUACCGCAGCCCAACCUGUUCCCCAGAACCAGGGGCGACGAGGCCCAGGCCAACGGGCCGAGCCGCCACCCGUCCUACCAAAGCAAAGAUCUGGAUGUUGAUCCCAUGACCCCUGGUGGAGCUCAGAGCAUGUACUCGUCUGUGAGUACUUUGGGCCGCAGCCAGUGCCCCACCCUGCCAGUGGGAGCAAGCAACGGCCUGUGGCCCCAGUUGGCUCGUACCACUUCAGCAGGAGGCCAGUCUGACUCCGUCUUCUUGGAUGCGACUCCAGACGGACAUUUCUUAUCGCCGUCCAGCCCUGGACGCUACUGCAAAGACCCCACCUACCCCAGAGAGAGCCAUGACCUGGAAACCGAUGAGACGGACGGCUUUCACCAUCCUAAUCACCUGCAUCACUCCCUGCCCAGGAGGAGCCAGAGACCGGCCAUGCCAGAGUACGUCAACCAGGAGAUGCUGGAUCCCAGACCGGCGGUCCCAGAGCGACCCACUACGCUCCCACGUAAAGGCUCCAGACCGGACCGACGGCUCCCCAACGGACUCGGGUCCGGCCACAGCGUUGAGAACCCGGGGUACCUCAUCCCCGUCAACUCCGCCUGCCCCGCCUUCGACAACCCGUACUACCUGGACCUCGGGGGCAAAGCCAACGGCGCUCCGCCGGGAGCGGCGGGAGACGGCGCCGCGACCCAGGAGACCAACGGAAACAUCACCAGGCACAUCAACGGGUUCGUCACAUCCACCGCGGAAAACCCAGAGUAUCUCGGACUUGCAGAUACCUGGACUGGUCACACUUGAGGAGGAGGAACAGGAACUGCAGGAGUUGCUGAUUGAGUUGGGAAGACGGUUUGUUUUGUGACGGACCUGAGUGGAGUCCUUGUUUGAAUGUGAGCACAUCGAUUUGAGGCCGACUAUCAGAAAACUCGCUGCUGACUCCAGCGCAGUGUAGCAAUAAUAUGGUGUCUGUGACAUCGUGUGAAUUCAUCUACAAUUAGGGACGCUUUGGUGAAAAACUCAUCCCAGUUUGACGAUAAAGAACCAUUCAACUGUUUUUCUUCACUGUUUAAUUAACAUUCAGGCUUUUUUCCCACUACAUAUGAAGUAGUUUUUGUAUUUUUUUCUCAACUACCACAGACAAAACAAUCCAAGAUGUGCAUUGAGGAUGGUGUUUAGUAUUCUGGUCACAUUUGACGGAGGUCUCUAGUGCCCUCAAAGCCAUUUUGUCUCAAACAGAGAAGGCCCUUGCAGCCCAUCUGGCCUUUGGGUUUGCUCCCUGAAAGAAAGGCUUCCUGUAUAGCGAAGACAGCAGCUUUGUGCCGCUCUGACGUAUCGGACCGCAGCUACUUUGUGGAGUCCGAGUAGACUUCAUAAGCUAAUGCAUAUUAAAAGCCAACACUUACCCAAGAAUCUGUGCAUAUUCCGAGCCAGUGAGCCACUCUCUGCAAGUUGGAAAGGAUAUUUCACAAAAAGUUGGAAGAGAUUUCUGUUAGGAUGCAAAAAAAGCCUUCAGAGAAGACAAAAACCGCCCCUCUGCUCCAUUUGGAUAAUCAAUGCAUGAACAGCCAGUUAAUAAUUGACUUUACCAAGUAAGUUUGGUCUAGUUCCUACUUAAAGUUCACUUGAAAUAUGACAAGUAACUUUUCAGCAAGAUAAAAGCUUGUUUUCAUAUCAUAAUUACCUAACAUUGUUGAGAAAGUACUAAUUCUACUGGCAGAUUAUUUAAUUUAUAACAUAGGAAGAGGUUUCGUCAUAAUCUGCUGGGAGACGGGCUGGACUUGGCCGGCGUUGCUCAGUAACGCCGCACUUCCAGUUGAUUGUGAAAUAAUCUUCCAGUGGAACAAGCACUUUUCCCAACAAUAUUAAGGAAUUAUUUUGUUAAAACAAGCUUCUGUGUCUUGCUGGAAAGUUACUUGUAAAUGAGUGUUUCUUAUUUUAAGUGUACUUAGAUAUUUUCAUUAGAAAUAAACCAAAACUACUUGGUAAAAUUUGAGUUUUUUGCUGUGUGCCGGUGGCAGUAUUUCUCACUUCUACUACGCUGCUUGAUGCCUUCCUUGAUGUCACGAUAUAAUCCGCGAUCGAUGUGACGAGAAACAAAGAGUUGCAUUCAACAUCAUAAAUAAGCGCAUUUAUAGCGCUUAUUUUCAAAUUGGCAUCAGUAUUUUUGUUCCAGUUUCUAGGGAAAAUAUCUUAGUUCACUUGAAAUAAGACAAAACUAUCUUAAGAAAUGAUUUUCAGCAAGAUGCAGGAGCUUCCUUAAUAUCGAUGAAAAAGAUAAUUUCACUUAUAACAAGACAUUUUUCCACAACAUAAGUAAAAUAAUCUACCAAUUUAACUAGAACCUUUUUCAUUAAUACUCAGCAAAUACUGACUUAAAAGAAGCUCCUAUAUCUUAUUGAAAAGUUACUUAGUUACUUUUGUCUCAUUUGCAGUGAACUGAAAUAUUUGCACUAGAAACUGGACCAAAAAUACUUGGUGAGAUUUUGUGUUUUUGCAGUGUAGCUGGUUUUUGACUCGAUCAAUGGAGCCUUUGUUGUUCUCAUCGUCGACGUUUUCCUUCCUCUUUGGAGAAGAAAGUCGCGACAUACUGACUGUACAACUAUUACUACUGAUCUGCGGCCUUUUAAAGCAAUGGCUCGGAUACUUCCUGAAUGUAUCUCACCCACCAAGUUUGCGUCAAAUUUUAUGUUUAAUACGGGUUUUGAAGAGUUUUGUUCCAGAAUUACGUCUUUAAGAUUUCUAAAUACUUUAUUUUUUUUGUUUUUAAAUGUAUGUAACAUGUCAGGGAUUUUCUUUUAACACAUUCAGUUUUUUUAAUUUGUAAAAAAUAUAUUACAUAAACAAUGUAUUAAUUAGGGAGGAAAAAGACUUCAUACAGAUACAGUAUAAUGUGUCAUCUUGUUUGGUAAAGAUGUGUAAAAACAACCCAAAAAGUGAAACAAUUCAAGGAAAAACAUAUUUAGAAAUAAUUGAUUUUUU